CAGAUUGGGAGCCUUCAUCUUCUUCCUCCGAGAGAUUUUUUUUUUUUAAAAAAAAGUUCCCCUUAGAGUUUUUUUACUCUUCAUUCCAGUGGAUUUUUCUCUGUUUUCAGGAAUUAGGUGUUUGGUUUGAAGAAAUUGGUUUUGCAUUAUAUUUUAAUUUUGAGUUCAUGAGUAUGGUUUUUAUUAGGAUGUCAGAGGAUAUAAACAUAUGUGACUCUGACCUCUUGAAAAACAAUCAUUAUGGCGCCUGCAUGAGUUCUACCCAAGAUGCUGUAGAGCUAAGUACAAAACACAGGGUAGCUGAAAAAAAACCUGAAACCAUUGAACUUGUGCAGUGUCAUUCAGGUGAAGACAGUUUUAAAUGUUCUGUUGAAUUUCAUUGUCAAUACACUGAGUCAAAGCUGUUGGGGCAGAGCAUGGUAGAAGAAUUUGGCUCAGUUAGUAGAAUAUCUCCUGACUGUAUGUCAAUGGAUUCCAAUCAAGAGCAGAUGAGACCUGAUGAAUGUGGAGAAAAUGCUAUGAUUGGGGUGAACGAUUUUUCUUCUGUCAAUGAGACAACUGAUUUUGCAGUUGAGUAUUCAACAGAACCCCUCAGAGAGUUGCAUGAUCAGUGUCAUUUUUUCCAAAGUCAGGAUCAUGUGGGAUUUACUAACACAAUUGAGUCUUCUACAGAAAAUCAAGGAGUGUUACCCACUGGACAUAUCUCUACUGAUUCUAUCACAGCUUCCAAUCAAGAGCAGAAGAGAUCUGAUGAUUGUAGAGAAAAUGCUAUGAUUGGAGAGAUGGAUUUUUCUUCUGUCAAGGAGACAACUAAUUCUGCAGUUGUAUAUUCAGAGGAACCUCUCAAAGAGUUGAACAUUUGGUAUCAAAAUCCCCAAAGUCAGGACCGUUUGGGAAUUACUAAUGCAGUUGAGUCUUCUUCAGAUUGUCAAGGACUGCCCACCAGGCAUAUCUUUACAGAUUCUGUCAUAGAGCAAAAUAAUCUGCCAUUUAAAAAUUGCAGGGUGAAUUCCAACACUAUUUUGUCAUUGCCAUCUGAAAACAAGGACACCACUUCUCAAGUAGAUCAUUUAGCAGAAUCACCCAGAGACUUGUUUGAGGAUCUUGUUUUAAAACAGAUAAAAGAAACUCCAAAGUUUACAGUUGAAAAUCAUUGCCAUCCUUUGGAGCAUAAAAGUGAAAUUGAUGAAAACUUAGAUGAAAUAAUGGUGGUAGAAUCUGUCUUUAAAGAGGAUUUGCUUCUCCAUGGAGAUGCUUCUGUCAACUCUAGCCAGGAGCAAAGUGGAUCCAGACUGGAAGACUUGGGAGUGAAAUCUAGCCUUAAUAACAUUGAAGUUCUAGAUGAGAGAGGGGAAGCGAUUCUUAUAGCUAACCAUUCAGUGGGAGUACUCGGUGAUGCAUCUGAAAGUACAGGUCAAGAAUUAAGAGAUGGGUAUCAAAAUGCCCAGAGUCAGGACUGUGUGGCAAUUACUGAUACAAUUGAGUCUUCUUCAGAAUGUCAAGGAGUCUCACCCACUGGGCAUAUCGUUACAGAUUCUAUCAUAGAUCAAAAGAAUCUACCAUUUGAAAAUUGCGGGGUGAAUUCCAACAGUAUAAUGGCAUUGCGAUCUGAAUACAAGGACACCACUUCUCAAAUAGACCGUUCAGCAGAAUCACCAAGAGACGUGUUUGAGGAUCUCGUUUUAAAACAGAUACAAGAUACUGCAAAGUCUACAGUUGAAAAUCCUAGCCAUCCUUUGGAGCAUAGAAGUAAAAUUAAUGGAAACAUAGAUGAAAUAAUGGUGGUAGAAUCUGUCUGUAAAGAGGAUCUGCUUCUCUGUGGAGAUGCUUCUGUCAACUCUAGCCGGGAGCAAAGUGGAUCCAGACUGGAAGGUUUGGGAGUGAACUCCAGCUUUAAUAAUUUUGGAGUUCUAGAUGAAAGAGGGGAAGCGAUUCCUAUAGCUAAUUCGGUUGUAGUACUGGGUGUUGCAUCUGAAAGUACAGGUCAAGAAAUAAGAGAAACAUAUAGAGAUUCAAAUGUAAAUCCUAGUCAGUUAGAAUGUGGAGAUGAAAGCCAUUCUGAGCAAUCACGGACAAAGAUAUCUUCUUUGAGAUCACCAGUAACCAGUACUAGAGUAUUGCGCUCAAGAACACAAGAAAAGACUAAAUCUCCAGAAACAACAAAUGCUUCAGCAGCUGAUAAUUCCAAAAAAGAAAAGAAAAGAAAAAGGAGAAAAAGAAAGCAAAGGAAACAGAUUGCUGCAAAUGAAUUAUUGGGGAUAAAAUCCCAUCUAAAAUAUUUAGUCAGGCGAAUACUAUAUGAACAAAGCUUAAUUGAUGCUUACUCCGGUGAAGGAUGGAAAGGUCAAAGCUUAGAAAAAAUAAAGCCUGAGAAGGAGCUUCAACGUGCAAAAUCUGGGAUUUUUCAUUACAAGCUGAAAGUAAGAGAAUUAUUUUCACGCAUAGAUGCAUCACUUUUUGAGGGGCAGUUCCCAGAAUCAUUGUUUGACUCAGAGGGGCAGAUUGAUAGUGAAGAUAUAUUCUGUGCGAAGUGUAGCUCUAAGAAUGUCUCAUCUAAUAAUGAUAUUAUCCUCUGCGACGGUGCUUGUGAGCGUGGUUUUCACCAGAAGUGUUUGGAACCACCUCUGUUGAAAGAAGACUUUCCACCAGAUGAUGAAGGCUGGCUAUGUCCUGGGUGUGACUGCAAAGUUGAUUGUGUUGACUUGCUUAACGAUUUAUUGGGAACUGAUCUUUCUAUUACUGACAGUUGGGAGAAGGUGUUUCAGGAGGAGGCUGCUGCAUCUGGGAAGCAGUUGGAUGAUAUGGUGGGAUUACCCUCAGAUGAUUCUGAGGAUGACGACUAUAACCCUGACAAUCUGGAAGUAGAUGAGAAGAUUUCAGAAGAUGAUGAAUCAAACUCUGAUGAUGAAAGUGAUUCUUCUGACACAUCUUUUGAAUUGGAGACCCCUAAUGAUGAACUAUUCCUUGGGCUUCCAUCUGAAGAUUCAGAAGAUGAUGAUUAUGAGCCUGAUGCCCAUGAACACGAUGAACAGAUCAUGCAAUAUAGUUCAUCUUCUGAUUUUACUUCUGACUCUGAGGAUUUCAGUGUAGAGUUAAAAAAUAUCAUGUCACCUGGGCAAGAAGAUCAUUAUGAAAAAAUAGAAGUAGGUGGUGGGCCCCAUUCCUUGAAGGGUGAAGUUGAAUUUCUUAUGCAGUCCUAUGAAACACUUGCAUCUGGAAAAAGGCAUGUUGAGAGGUUGGAUUACAAAAAGUUACAUGAUGAAACGUUUGGAGUUGCAUCCUCUGACUCUAGUGACGAAGAUUAUGAGGAUAUUUCAGCUUCCAAAAACAGAAAGAAAAGAAGUGACAAAGCUGCUCUGAAGUCAUCUGAUCAAAGUCCAGUAGAUACUACUGUCAAGAAUGCUUCUAGAACGUCUAGCAAGAAGCGGAAGGCUGAAAGCUUGGUGGAAUCUGAAUCUGGUUCAGGUAGUAAAAGAAACACAAGAUUAAAGUAUGGAGAUGAUGUAAUUAAGAGGCUCUAUGAAUCCUUCAAGGAAAAUCACUAUCCAAAACGAGAAGUCAAGGAAAGCUUGGCUAAAGAAUUGGGACUGGCAGUCCAGCAGGUUAACAAAUGGUUUAAUAAUACACGUUGGAGUUUUAACCAUCUGUCACCACAAACCAAAAAUGUCAUGCCUGCUGUUGAAGAGCAUGCCAAUGUAGAUACCAAAGUGUUGCCGAAGGAGAACAAACCCAAAGUUGAUAAGAAGAAAAGCUCUCUGCCAGUGCGAAGAAGAAACAGAUUAAAAGUUUAAAACAUAAAUUGAUGUGCAGUGUGUUAUCAAUCUUUGACAAGAAACUUUAUACCCAACUCAAGAAACUUUAUACCAGGAAACCUAUUCUGAAUAAUACUUUCAGUUCCUAAUUUGUUUAGGUUUGUUUCAUAGUAAUUUUUCUAUAUAGUUCUCUCCCAAUUUGGUUGGGGUUUUGUUGUUUCUUGUUGGUUCU